AUUAAAUGGAUAGAUGUUAAUACUUAUCUUUGGAAAUCCUAUGACAUCAACCGUUCGGGAAACAAUAAGAAUAAUGGAUAAAGAGUCCACCAAGCGCAUCCUUUCAAUUGUAUUUAAUUGAGGUCAAGAUUGAGAAAACACACUUCGGAGAUUUAUUGGUAAUUUAGUCAUCCGAGACAUUAUACAGGUAGAAACAUGUUUGAAUCGAAUGAGUAAACGCCAUCUUCGCAAGCCAAGUGUCCGAUUCGCUUACUCUCAUCUACCCCUUGGCAGAUUUAGUCAAGUUUCUAAGCUUUCAAAAUAUCGCGCUUUGACUUUCCAGGGCAUCCAAUCAGAUCGCGCCAUACAUACACUUUCGGUUUCAGUAAUGGCGACCUCCAUGUCUAGCCCGUGUUGUCGCCUUUGCCAUGGAAUUUUGCCCAAAAAACAAAGACGAACGAUCUUUGGAGAAAGCUUUGGCGUGUAUGAUCAACUGCUAGAAAUAAUAGAUCAGAUUCCUCACCCAAAUGACGAAAAAGGGAAUUACAUCUGCGGUAUGUGUUGGAAUAAGCUAAACAGACUGGGUAAAAUCGAAUACGACAUAAAAACAAAGUUAGAAAAGUUAAAAUCUGAAAGGCAUGACUUGAUAUGCGAUUUACGCUUGAAGCACAAGGGCGAUAUAAGCGUACAGCAAGUAUGUACACCUAAAUCCAAAAAACAUUUAAUUGUUCACUCGCCAACACCGAGGAAAGUAAAACAGCUGUUCACUGAAUCCAAGUCCACUCAGCUGACGGAUACUCCAACAUCAUCAUUGAAUCCCGUGACCGACGACAAAGACAGGAAGAAAGUGAACAUUCAGCUUUUCUCUCCCAGUAAAAUUAAGGUUGUAUACAGAGGUCCAAAAGAAAAGCUGAAAUCCAAAGUUAUCCCUGCUGGAGAUUCACAGAACAUCAUUAGAUGUAUUUCAAGGGGUGAAUCCCACCAGAAAACAUCCAAAGUAAUCUACAAUUCCACUUUACAAGACAAUAUCCAUAACUGUGUGAUCAAAGAUCUCAGAAAGGAACUGAACAAGCUUUCAUCUACCAAGACUAUGUCAUGUCUUAGAAAGACAUCAAGUGACAAGUUAGCUACGAUUAACUUCGAGUCAUGGAAUUUGGAGCUACAGUUACAUUCCCCAUUAUUGUAUAAGAUAAUAUCUGGUUUCUUCAAUCCCCAUAAUCAUGUUGCAGUGGCAGUGAUCGCUGCUGUUAUCCAAAAGAAUCGAGUUAUGCACAUGUCUGCCUUUCAUCAUGCAGUAACUCAAGUUUUGGAUAAUGGUGGAGCAACGGAUGAGUGCAUAAAUCUUCUCAACAAGUUGGGUCUUUGUUUGUCACCAUCUGCUGCGACAAAGAAGAAGUCUGAUUUGAUAGCAAAGCAAACUGACCACAUACAACGACUGAUGAUUUCAGAAAAGAAAGCCCUCGAAGAAAAUACAGAUUCUCUACCAGCAGUUUUACAAGGCUUCAUCUACCAAUGACCGGGGAACUCUUUCCCAGCUGAGAAACAUUGUUCAUCGAGUUGAUGUUAAAGGAGCAGAAAGAGUUAUCGAAAGUUACAGGUAUGAAAACAUCUAUGUUGAGGCAUUCAUCCCUUUCUGCAUUUUCGCAAACCAAUCAGACACUUGGCUUGUGAAGAUGCCCUUUCUGGUCAAAUAUUUAUAGUAUUUAAUAAUAUAUAAUAGUAUAAAUUUAUAGUAUUUAUACUACAACAGUAUUUAAAAAUUUUGUAAGAAUGCUGGUUUUUGAGGGGUUUCUGAUUUGAUAUAUUAUGGCUUAACCUAUGCUGUGUAUUUCCUUGAUUGCUGUUUCAAACUAUUUACAAAAUAAUAACUAUGUACCCUGUGUAUGUUUUAGAGCACACUCUGCUUUCAUUGAUGAUUGCUUAGAUGCUUUCAUUGUUGGUGCCUGUAUGCAUCACUUGAAAAUGGAGAGCAUUGAAUGUGAACCACAGUCCAAACAGAUUCUCUUUGAGGCCAUCUCAUCAGAGGAUAAGAUGCAGUUCAUUACUAACAUCGCAUCAGAAAUACAGAAAAAGUACAUCAAUCUGGAAAACGGUAUGCUGCUCAUUUUAAUCUACAAACAAGGUCCACAGGCCUUGUUUAUCAUCUGAAUAUUUGUUAAAAGUAUCACAAGACUAUAAAAUCUGGAAAAAAUUCUAGUUCUGGAUACUCUUAUUCAAGAACAGUAUAAAACAAGAUAUAUUCUUUAAACUUAAAUGCCCCUGAAAGUGCCUAAACUUAUGAAAGACUACAUUUACAUAAUAUAAAAUAGGUAACAUUAACACAAUAUGACUGAUUUCGAACCAUCUACCUCUACCCCAAGGAUUAUGAAAUUUACAACUUUGGUAGAGGCCUCCCUGCUCUACAUGAAUAUACAUUUAGUUUUUGUUAGCUCACCUGACCUGAUAACUCAAGUGAGCUUUUCUGAUCACCCGUUGUCCUAUAAGCUUUUUACAUUCUCGACUUCUUCUCCAGAACCACUGAGCCAAUUUCAACCUAACUUGGCAAAAAGCAUCCUUGGAUCAAGGGCUUUCAUGUUUGUUGAAAUGAAGGGUCAUGCCCCCUCCAAAGGAAAGAUAAUCACAAAAAUAGGGUGGGGUCAUUUGAAAAAUCUUCUCAAGAACCAUUGGGCCAGAAGAGCUUAAACUUACAUGAAAGCUUCCCGACAUAGUGCAAAUUCAAGUUUGUUAAAAUCAUGGCUGGGGGUAGGUUGGGACCACGAUAGGGGAUAGAAGUUUUACAUGCAAAUAUAUAGGGAAAAUAUUUAAAAAGAACCACUGGGCCAGAAAAGUUUAUAUGAAAGUGUCUUGAGAUAGUGCAGAAUCGUGUUUGUUAAAAUCAUGCCCCCCCCCUCCUGAAAUUUACAAUUUAUGUCCACCUUGUACCAAAAAUGCUUCAUACCAAAUUUGAAAAAAAAAUGGAUUAGUAGUUAUCAAGAAGUUGAAAAUGUUAGAUUAUUAACGCCCAAUGACAGAUGCAGACCAAUUGCAAUAUGUGACUCGGCCACUCAGGUGACUUAAAAAUGUUCUGGGUGACAAAGGUGAUUUAAAUUUGCAUCUAUUUCAUUUUAGUUACUCUGAAAAGAGAUCACUCUAUUUCAGCUACAUUACUAUAUUCUAAUCUUCUGGUAUCAAAUUGAGAAGUGUGAAGGUGAUUUAUAUCAGAAUUUAAAGAAAAAUUCCUUAAACUCAUUGACAAGUUAAUAAAGUGAUUAUAAACCCGAAGAGCCAUUGUUAACUGCACAGGUCUUAUAGGAAUCAAAUCAUUUUGUUUAACAAAUUUUGAUGUCAAUUUAAAUUCUAAUUGCAUACUUAGUUUUCUACAAAACUAAAAGUUAUUUGAGCAUAGAAACAGUUUAAAUAGUAAAUACUGAACAGUCUCAUGUUGUCAAACACAAGUCCAUGUAACUAUGGGCUUCUUUAAUUUCUUUAUUUUUCUAGAAACUUUGUUCAUAUGUAACCAUGGUAACUAAGAUUUUAAGCUGUUUUAUAGAUUUUCACACCUUGGAACAUGCUUCUGAGAAACUGGAUAUGCAAGAGCAACAAAUCAAAGAUAUGUUUGAUGCCACUGAGGGAUUAUACCACUGUGUUGAUUGUCGGCGCCCAUACAAGAAGCAGGGACACCUUAAAAAUCAUCUUUAAAAAGAACAUGAUUGGGAAUUUCAUCAUCAAGAUCAAGAAGCUGGUGAAGAUCAUGAUCGAGUGGCCCUUUACAGAGCAUCAUUUAUGAAAUGUGCUCUUCUACUUAGAGACACAAGUGACGCUUAUAAAUUGGGUGAUGGAAAUAGAAUUAUGGACAAUUCCAAAUUUCAAAUGCUUCUCUCAGGGAUUGCACAUCAUACAAAAUACCAACUAUGGCUAUUCAGAUUUCUAGCAAAUUAUCACUGCUUGCUAAGUCCAAGGGAAGCAUUUGAGUACAAAUGGAACUGCACAACAAAUAUGAAAGGUGGAUAUGGGCAUAACAUUCCGAAUGAUAACUUGGUAGAGAUUCUAGUCCAUCGACUUAAAUCAAAGUUGCAAUCGCAGGGAGCAAAUGUGACAUUUUCAAGUGCGCGGAAGGCAGCUUUGACUCUUCAAAUACAAGAUGAGAUCAAGGAAAAUUUAAUUGAGAAGUCUGACAUGAAGAAAUCGGGGACCACUCGUUCAAGUACUUCAAUGGACAAAGACAUUGUACUUAUGGUGACUGAACUCUCUGCUGCCAGUGUGUUUGAUUACAUUCCUGGUAGAAAAUAUGACAAUUUCAAAAACUUUAAUGAUCUGUUUUCCAGAAUUAAUAUCCCAGAAUUACACAAAUGGUUAAGUAAACAAAAGGAGAGACUGUCUUAUGAAGCCAUUUAAAUACUGUACAUUGUAUAUGCAGUAUAGAUUGAUGUAAGUCAAAGCAACCAUAAUGAAAUGAAAAAAAAAGA